GCGAGGGGAGGGCUCAGCACCGGGGGGAAAGGAGGCGCCACCGCUGCCGCCUUUUGCGGGGAAGGAAAUAAAUAAAUAAUACACAGAUACACACCCCUACCUACCUACCUACCUUCCUCUUUUUCCCAUCCCCAGCCGACGCUUUAAAAGACUUGACUCAGAAAGUGGGACGCGGAGCAAAGAGAAAUUCCUACGUAACUUCGGGACGCCGUUGGCGCAAGCUGCGGGACUUACAAGCUCGCUCUCUCCGGCUGCAGAUGUGAGAGUGCUGGGAGAGAGGCGCAAGGAGGAACCUCUCGCUCUCUUUUUUCCUCCCUCGCAAGAGGCGCGUUUUUUCGCCCCUUGGUGGCUUUCGCUUAUAGAGCUGUAGAUUUCAAAAAAAACCCUUCGUCUCGGCUUGGAAUUUCGCUGCUUUUGUGUGCGUGCGUGCGUUGCGCGCAAAGCGUUCUUCGGCAUCGACCGGGCUGCCGUUCCUGGCCGGGAUCUGGGAGGAACCGGCACCAUCUACCGCCACCAUGCCUCUCACAGUACCGAGUUUCCCUAGCCGGACUUAUGAUUACGAUUACGACUCGGUCCAGCCGUAUUUCUACUUUGAAGACGAGGAGGAGAACUUCUACCUGUCCGCACAGAACCGGGGCUGCGAGCUCCAGCCUCCCGCCCCUUCCGAAGACAUCUGGAAGAAGUUUGAGCUGCUGCCCACGCCACCCCUCUCGCCCAGCCGCCGCUCCAGCAACUUCCCCUCCAGCGCCGACCACCUGGAAAUGGUGACGGAGCUGCUGGGCAGCGACGUGGUCAACCAGAGCUUCAUUUGCGACCCGGCUGACUCCGACUCCCUCGUCAAGUCCAUCAUCAUCCACGACUGCAUGUGGAGCGGGGGCUCGGCCGCUGCCAAGCUCCAGAAAGUGGUCUCCGAGAAGCUCGCCUGCUUCCAGGCAGCCCGCCGCGAUGGCGCUGCGCUUUCUGCACGCAGCGGGAGCUGUGGCAGCCUCCAGCUGCCGCCGCCACAGACGCCUACCUUGGCCACCUCCUCCUCCGAAGCCUCAUCUCCCAACAGCGCCUACCUGCAUGACCUGGGCGCUGCCGCUGCUGAAUGCAUCGACCCCUCUGUUGUCUUUCCGUACCCGCUCGGCGAGAAGUCCCCGAAGCCGGUGGUGGAAGUCGCUUCCCCAGACCCAGACCCCGCGGCCGUGCUGCUACAAGACACGCCACCCACCACCAGCAGCAGCAGCAGCAGUGACUCAGAAGAGGAAGAGGAGCAAGAGGAGGAGGAGGAAGAAAUUGAUGUCGUCACAGUAGAAAAAAGGCAACCGGCAUCAAAGAAGUCCGUUUCUGAUUCCCAUUCUACAAGGGGGCACAGUAAGCCCCCCCACAGCCCCCUGGUCCUCAAGCGGUGUCACGUCCCCACCCACCAGCACAAUUACGCUGCCUCUCCCUCGACCAGGGUUGAGCACACCUCAGCCAAAAGGCUAAAAUUGGACAGUGGCCGUGUCCUCAAACAGAUCAGCAACAACCGCAAAUGUUCCAGCCCACGCACGUCAGACUCCGAAGAGAACGACAAGAGGCGGACGCACAACGUCUUGGAGCGCCAGAGGCGGAACGAGCUCAAGUUGAGCUUUUUUGCGCUGCGCGACCAGAUCCCAGAGGUAGCCAACAACGAGAAAGCCCCUAAAGUUGUCAUCCUUAAAAAGGCUACGGAAUACGUUCUGUCCAUCCAGUCCGACGAACACAGACUGUUAGCGGAGAAAGAGCAGCUUAAGAGGCGGCAAGAACAACUCAAAAGCAAACUUCAGCAGCUAAGGAACUGUUGUGUUUAAAAAUAUUUUUUUAAAAAAAUUGUAAAAACCCAUGAACAUUGGAGUGGGGAGUGCAUACAGAGACUGGGACGAACACCAGCCAGGCAAAGAUCCAAACAACUUUCGUGCUUCUUUAAAAGAAAAUAAUGUACUGAUGAACUCAUCCAUGCGCGAAACAUGGAUCCAUUUACAAUUGCAUGCUUGACAACUACACAACCUUGGCCUAAGGCUGGCCGGAACCUCGGAAAUGCCUCAGAACUGAUAAAACUUUGGGCAGAAGUCUCUUUGUGCUUGGGGAUGAAACCUUUUCACUUUACUUUUUGUUUUGUAUUUAAAGCGUCUUUUCCCCCUUAAGAUGAUUUACAAGGGAGGGGGAAGGGGGGGUCGCCUGAUCUGCUGUAAAUAUAUUUACACCGCCUAAUGAUAUGUAAAUAUCUUUAAUAAAAAAAUCUUUAUAGAAAAUUUAAAAAAAAAAUACUGCAACAAAUGAUGCUUAGUGGUUGUGGCAACGGAAAUUUAUAAUGGGCUUGAAACUUUUUUUGUGCCAUAACAUUUCACAGACUUCUGGUUGUUUUUAUUUAAAUACCUUUUUUGUUUUUUUCUUUCAAAGAAAUGAUUUUAUUUUGCGUUUCUAGAAAAAUAAUAAAAUAUUUGCCCUAAAUUGUAA